GAGGUUCCCCCCGCGGUCAGGCUGCGGUUCCUCCGCUCUCCCGCCCGGGGGCGCUCUCUCUGACUCUCCCGCAGUCAGCGUCCUGCCGGCCGGCGGCUGCUCACUGCUUCCCCGGGGCUUGGGUCUGGGCCUCGCAGCUCCUGUCAGAUAUGGCAGCUAAGAAAGCCGGCUCCCGGCUGGAGGUGGAGAUUGAGCGCUGCCGCUCCGAGUGCCAGUGGGACCGGAUUCAUGAGCUCGUCAAGCAGCUGUCCGCCAAGCUCAUCUCCAACGAUGACAUGGCUGAGCUACUGUUGGGAGAAGCCAAGCUGGAGCAGUACAUGAAGGAUAACCCAUUUAAACAAGGAGCCAGUCCUCGUGGACCGCGGCCAAAACUGACUGAUAUCCGUAAACACCUGACAGCAGCUCUGGACAGAGGCAACCUGAAGUCAGACCUCAUGCAAGAAGCCAACUUGAUAAUGGCCAAGAUGAACUAUAUAGAAGGAGACUACAGUGACGCUCUCAGUAUUUAUGCUCGAGUGGGACUAGAUGAAAUGCAGCUGGUGGCUGCGCCUCUUUACAAGCUGCGCAUGAUCGCUGAAGCCUUCUCCACCAAAGGUCUCUGUCUAGAAAAGCUGCCAAGUUCAUCUUCCACCAACAGCCUUCACGUGGAUCGGGACCAGGAAAUCAUCACCUGCUAUGAGAAAGCUGGAGACAUUGCCCUGCUGUACCUGCAAGAGGUGGAGCGGGUGCAAACAGCAAAUAUCCAGAACCGAAGUCCUAAGCCGGGUCCGACGACACCAGACCAGGAGCUGAGCUUUUUCCUGGAGACUGGGCUUCAGAGAGCUCAUGUUCUCUACUUCAAGAACGGGAAUUUAACCCGUGGAGUGGGCAGAUUCCGAGAGAUCCUCAGAGCCGUAGAGACGAGAACCACCCAGAACCUGAGGAUGACGAUCGCCAGGCAGCUGGCUGAGAUUCUGCUACGAGGCAUGUGCGAGCAAAGUUACUGGAACCCACUAGAAAAGCCCCCCAGCAAGUCACCCUUAGAUGACCCUCUCCGUCAGGGGCUCAACACAAAGAGCUAUGCACUAAGCCGGAGACCUCGUGUGUACAUGGGGGAGAAUAUUUUCUGCCCCCAGGAGAAUACAGAAGAGGCUCUAUUACUGCUGCUGAUCAGUGAGUCCAUGGCUAACAGGGAUGCAGUGCUAAGUCGGAUCCCUGAGCACAAAAACGAUCGCAUUAUCAGUCUGCAGAGUGCCUCUGUGGUGUAUGACCUGCUGACCAUAGCGCUGGGGCGGAGAGGCCAGUAUGAGAUGCUCUCGGAGUGCUUGGAGAGAGCCAUGAAGUUUGCAUUUGAAGAGUUCCACCUCUGGUACCAGUUUGCGCUCUCCCUGAUGGCGGCAGGAAAGUCUGCCCGAGCUGUGAAAAUACUGAGAGAAUGUAUCCGCCUGAAGCCCGAGGACACCACCAUCCCGCUGCUCGCUGCCAAACUCUGCAUGGGCUCCCUGCACUGGAUGGACGAAGCUGAAAGAUUUGCCAAAAUCGUUGUUGACUGUGGAGACAAAAGUUCGGAAUUUAAAGCCAAAGGCUUCCUGGCCCUAGGACUGGCGUACAGCCUGCAGGCCUCCGAUGCGUCGCUGCGCGGGAUGCAGGAGGAUCUGCAGCGGAAAGCUCUGCUGGCCUUUCAGAGGGCACACAGCCUGUCACCCACGGACCACCUGGCAGCGUUUUACCUGGCACUGCAGCUGGCGAUAUCUAGACAGAUCCCGGAGGCUCUGGGUUACGUACGGCAGGCGCUCCAGCUCCAGGGUGAUGACUCCAACUCCCUCCACCUGCUGGCGCUGCUGCUCUCUGCUCAGAAACAUUACCACGAUGCCCUGAAUAUCAUUGACAUGGCGCUGAGCGAGUACCCCGAGAACUUCAUACUGUUAUUCUCUAAGGUGAAACUGGAAUCUCUGUGUCGGGGUCCUGAUGAGGCGCUGUUGACUUGCAAACACAUGCUGCAGAUCUGGAAGUCCUGUUACAACCUCACGAAUCCCAGUGACUCAGGACGUGGCAGCAGCUUAUUGGACAGAGCCAUCGCGGACAGGCGGCAGCUGAACACAAUCACCAUGCCAGACUUCAGUGACCCGGAGACAGCGUCUGAGUCCUCUUCCCUUUCAAGACCAGAAUCACCUCUCCACCUGUUUGUCUCCUCUCAUCUCCCUCAUUCACCUUCCAAACCUGACCCCGUAACAAGGGCCGGUGCAAACGCUGAGCUGUCCUCAGGGCCCGAACCUCCUCUGUGUUCCGUCCAUGCGACAUCCAUCGCAGCUUCUCGCGUAGAGCAGGCGUUGUCUGAGGUGGCUUCUUCUCUGCAGAGCAGUGCACCAAAGCAAGGCCCACUGCACCCCUGGAUGACACUGGCGCAGAUCUGGCUGCAUGCAGCGGAAGUGUACAUCGGGAUAAGUAAGCCGUCGGAAGCCACAGCGUGUAUCCAGGAGGCAGCGAACCUCUUCCCAAUGUCGCACAAUGUGUUAUACAUGAGAGGUCAGGUGUCCGAGCUGAGAGGAAACGUCGAUGAGGCCAAACGGUGGUAUGAAGAGGCUCUGUCUAUCAGUCCCACCCAUGUGAAGAGCAUGCAGAGGCUGAGUCUGAUUCUCCACCAGCAGGGACGCUACAGCCUGGCAGAGAAGAUCCUGAGAGAUGCCGUGCAGGUGAACUCCACAGCGCACGAAGUCUGGAACAGUCUUGGGGAGGUUCUACAAACCCAGGGAAACGAUGACGCGGCCACAGAGUGUUUUCUGACCGCCCUGGAGCUGGAGGCCAGCAGCCCCAUUGUCCCAUUCACCAUAAUCCCCAGGGUUCUGUGAUGGGGGAGUGAAAGUAGGGACCAGAGACAAACCACAGGGGGGGCAUGUGCGUGCCAAUAAGUCAUCGCAGCAGUUGCUCUGUAUAUCUUAAUGUAAUACAGUUAUAAUCCACCAGUCGCUGGCCGUAAGAAGAGACUGCGCUCCAUUGAAACUUAUAUUAUUACUUUGUCUAAAACUUGUAAGUGUGUGGGCGAGUGACCCGUGUUCUAGCCCAGCGGCUUCCCGCCCUGUAUAAUAGCAUUAAGUAGAAGACUGCUGACACAAGCAAUGCCCGGUUAUACCCUGUACAGCUAGCACAGCAUAUUCCUCUCACCCUGGAGCAUUGUGAUGUCAUAGAUAUGAUUUAUAUCCCACCUUGCUGGACAGGGAUGUAUCUGUAGUGAUGGCCAGGCACUGCUGUGUGUCAUCUGAAAGGCAAUGUGAUCAGUGGGUAAAUGGCCUGCGUGUUCCAUCAUACACGGCCCCAGUUGAUAGCAUGUCCAAUUUGGCCAUAUAGUCCUACUGUACCUCAAUGUAUGCAUGAGCCUCUUCUGUACAUUCAUGCUUUACACCCGAUCUGACACUAACCCAGCAAGUCGCUACUCACCAUUGAUGGUAGAACCAGCAGUACCCUGCAGUCCGUGGCUCGGCAAAUACCUACAAGGCAGCCACAGAUCAGUAGGCGGGUAGCACUUGUACGCAGUUUAGGUCAGUCAAGACAUGGUAAACCCUCGUGGCUGACAGUACAUGCGGUCAGUGCAGCCUUGGUUACAUGCGUCGUCUUAUACGUGCACCAACGUAAAUCUGGCAAGGGUUACUUUGCUGCGCUAUUAUCCAUUCCUGAAUGCCUUGCACCUGGCAGUCCACACACCAAGAGGUUGCCGAAGGCUGACAUUGUGCCUCAACAUGGUUUGUAGCACCUAUUAACCUGCAAUGUUGUAUCGCAGAGAUGCCUCCACUGUGUGUCGGAGCCUGGGGCACUAUAAGACAGGCCUGGCCAACCUGUGGCUCUCCAGCUGUUGUAAAACUACAAGUCCCAUCAUGCUUUGCCACAGUUUUGCUAUUAAGGAAUGUUAAAACCGUGGCAGGGCAUGCUGGGAUGUGUAGUUUCACAACAUCUGGAGAGCCACAGGUUGGCCAGGCCUGCUAUAAGAGAAGACCUGGGUCUGAGCAUGUAGGAAUAAAGUCCAGAAGAUAUAUUGUACCGACAUUUUCUCAUUCCCUUUGUUCCGCGUCAGGUGGGCAGAGAUUACAUAAAGCACCCUGGCUUCAUGUUUAGCUUCAUGUUAUCCUGGUCUGCGUUGUUGGAUGACAUUGCAUGGAGGCACCGCAUGAUGUCACGGACAGAUUUAUAUGCAGCCAAAUUCACCCUGUGCCAAAACAAUGAACCUGUCCUCCAACAGAGCAGGAUGAUGACAGGAUACGUUGUAUCAACCUGAUUGAUGGACCAGGAGGUAGAGGUGAGGAGGCUUUAGAGUCAGCCUGUAAAUGAUCCAACAACCAGCCCCCCCCCCCCCCAUCUUCAUAUCAUAUAAUCGCCAUCUGCCCGACAGGACGCUCCUCUCUCCAGCCCACAAUUGCAGAGAUCGUGUAUUUUUAUAAUGACGAAAGGGAUUUGGAAAUGUAACUCUCUCCUGACCCUUCUCAUUGUGUCAUGGUGCCACCUGGGAAGAACAGGGUUACUUAAGGAUGUUCCUAUAUGUGGGUGUACACAUACUUACAGUACCUGACACAAGAUAUAUAUAUUUUGCAAUGAAUGCCUGUUACAAGACCGUGUAGGAAUAUUGUUAUAUUUAAGUUCGUGAGUUUUUUUUUUGUUUUUUUUUAAUGUGAAUUCAGAGAUUAUUUAUCAAUGACAAUAUGUAAAAACACAAGCUAUGGUGGGACAUUCCUCAUGUGUUAUAUGAAUAUGUGCUAUUUACAUGCCGAUGUCAAUAAAACGAUUUUUAAAAGAA